AUGACGGAGGUAGACAAAGCAGACAUCACCUAUGUCGAAGACAUUGAGGACGGAAGGGUGUCGGCGACCGACGGUAGUGGCAAGAAGAAGGUCAUGGGGACGGUGAAGCUCACGGACGGUAAGGUGGUGUAUAUUCCGACGCCGACAGCAGAUCCCCAAGGUAUUACACUCCUUUCCCAUGCCCUCAGGCCAGGCGUGCUGACAAAACACAUCGUAGACCCCCUGAACAUGGCUAUCUGGCAGAAGUGGAUCGUUCUGGUUGUGAUAUCGAUUUUCUCGACACUCGGCCUCGCCCUCGUCAGCGGCUUCGGCGGCCUUCUGGGCUUCUACAUUCCAGGCUAUGAGGCAGUUGGCAAGGGCUACGACGAUAUCACGCACUUAAUGACUUACCCUACUCUCUUUAUGGGCAUCGGCAACCUCAUUGGCAUGCCUCUUGCCAUCGGCAUUGGCCGGCGAAUCGUGCUGCUCGCCUCGACAAUAGUUCUGGUGAUUGGAGCAAUCCUCUGCGCGGCCCAAGAGAACUACGAAUGGCACCUCUGGUCCCGAUGUGCAGUCGGAUUGGCAGCAGGGCAGAGUGAGGCCCUGGUUCCGAUGAUCACCCAGGAAAUCUUCUUCCUCCACGAACGCAGUAAAGCUCUGAUGGGCCAACAGGCUAUCCAGGUUAGCCUAACAGCUGUUUGGGUCCUCUUUGCGGGGGAGAUCGCCAACGCAAUCACGCCGCAGUGGUGGUACGGUCUUGGUGCGGCGCUGGCUGGAGCGCAGCUAGUGCUGGCCUUCUUCUUCCUCCCGGAAACCAAGUAUGAAAGGUCAAUUGCGUCGUUCCAGGAAGGUAAUUCGGACGAAGAUGGAGAUGCCAAAGUAGGCGUGGAGGUAGUAUGCACCGAGCGUCCACCUCUUGACUUUGAGCGGUACGCUGCCAGAACAUGGAAGUCCGAUAUGCGGCUUUGGGUUGGGAAGCCGGAUUGGGGACUUGUUUGGGACGUCUUAAGGCAAACGUUUGAACUGCUGUUUUUCCCCAACGUAUUCUGGGCCUUAUGCUUAAACGGCCUCACAAUCGGCACCAACAUCGCCAUCGGAACAACCUAUGCCAACAUUUUACAUGCUUCACCCUACAACUGGCCCAACAAGUCUGCUUCCUACGUAAACUGUGGCCAGAUAGUUGUAGCCCUGCUUGCGCUACCCCUGCUCGGCCACGGUUCAGAUUGGAUAGCUAAGCAUAUGGCGCGCAAGAAUAACGGGCUCCACGAACCCGAGACCAGGAUCGUCUCUCUCAUUAUUCCCAUCGUCAUCGGUACGUUUACAGCAGUUCUGUACGGCCAGGCUGGACAGUACCCGGAAAAGUACCACUGGUUUGUUUACCCUGCUCGUGCAGGUCCUCUGCUCGUCAUUAUCUGUGCAUUUCGGGGUAUUAUCUCGUUCGGCACCAGCUAUGGUACUGCAACGUUCGUGGAGACUCACGGGUAUGAUGGCGCAUUUGGAACAUUUGCGGGCUUAACGGCAGCAUUGGGCCUUUGUGGGGUUCCGAUUUACCUGUGGGGAAAGAGAAUUCGGGCAUUUACCGGGAGGUUUGCGCGGGGAUUUGUUGUCUCGUAG